AUGUCAUUGUUUAAAGCAACACUCUUCUCGUUAAAUACUUCAUAUUCGAAUCCACAGUAUACACGUAUGUUUCUGUUACAGACGCUUCUAUUUUUAAUUCUACUGAAUCAGAAUGUUGCUCAAAAUGUUCUCGAUAUAUCAAACAAUCAUUCUCGUGCGAUAUUAAUCAAACCUUGUCAUGUUCGUAUUCAACAUAUGGAUGUAACUACACAUCCUGAUAUUGUAAUUGAUACGCAUACACCACACAUUUCCUGGCAAUUGGCUAAUGAAUAUACUGAUAAUGGUCAUUUGAUUCGAGAAGUGAAUCAAAUAGGUUAUAGUAUUCGCGUAAAGAAUGUUAUUACUGAUCAAUUGAUGUGGAACACUAAUUAUGUACAGUCUUCAUCGUCUUCGCAUAUUCUCUAUGCAGGUAUACCAUUCACUUCUGAUACAAGAUAUACAAUUGCAAUUAAAUACUAUACAAAAAAACAUGAAAGUCAAUGGUAUACAGUUCAUUUUCGUACUGGACUAUUCUCGCUAAUGGACUGGACAGGUUAUUGGAUAGGUAGUAAUUAUCUGAACAUGAAUCAGUUACGCACUGUCAUCAGUCUUAGAUCAAUUUCGAUUGAGUCAGCAACUGUUUUUAUUAGUGGUGUUGGUUUUUAUCAAUUGUACAUCGAAGGUCAAUUAAUUGAUCCAUCUCGACGCUUAGAUGUUGGUUGGACUACAUAUCAACAACGUACACUUUAUACUUCCUAUGAUCUCACUAGUGUCUUAAGUAAACUUUCUGCAAGACAACUUGGUAUUGGUAUCGUUUUAGGGCAAGGGUGGUACAAUCAACAACAGUGGGCUAUUUCACUCAACGGACGUACUAUACUUGCCGAACAAUAUGGUCCACCUCGUGCACUAAUGCAAUUAAAUAUUCGCUAUUCGGAUGGUACGAAUCAGUCAAUUAUCACCGAUUCUACAUGGUUAGGUAGAGAAGGUGAACAUCGGUUUGAUUCUGUUUAUAUGGGUACGACUAUGGACUUACGAGCAACACUUACUUGUUGGUCAUGUGCUAAUUUUACUGAUUCCUAUUUACCAUGGAUAAAUGCUUCUAUAUUACCAUCACCGGUGAAUUUUACAGCUGGUGGUCAAUUUUCAUUACAAAUUAUGGAUCCUAUUCGUAUUGGUCCUGAUGCACUUCAUAUUGCAACAUCAGGUCGAUUAGGUCAUGUAGCUGGAGUACAAGGUGCUAGUAUUACUGAUGGUGGCGUACUUAAACCUAUUUCUGAAGAUUACAUUAAUGGUCUAGUAUUUGAUCUAGGUCAGAAUUUUGCUGGUUGGUGUAAACUAUUAUCAUUAAAUGCAAGUAGAUCUACUAUUAUUCAAAUGCGUUAUGCAGAGUUACGAUAUUCACGUGGUGUAAAUGGUAUUGAUUUUGCUGGAUUAUACUAUGAAAAUUUAGAUAGUAUUGCUGUAAUGGAUACAGUCAUCUUGAAUGGAACAGGCAAUGAAACGUUUGAACCAUUAUUUACUUCUCAUGGUUUUCGAUAUUUAUUAGUAAAUGGUUAUAAUAAAGUCAGUAAAGAUGACGUCGAAUGUUAUAAUGCUCAUAGUGAAACGACAUUAAUUGGUAAUUUCAGUAGUAGUAGUAUUGUUUUGAAUCAAAUUCAACAUAAUAUCAUUUGGUCCCAGUUAAGUAAUUCGAUGUCAUUACCUAUGGGUUGUCCGCAGCGCAAUGAUCGCACAGGUUGGCUUGGUGAUGCUGGACUUAGUGCUGAUGCAGCUUUGUAUAAUUUUGAUUAUAUCAAUUUUUAUUUAAAUUUUUUAACUAUGAUAAAAGAUAAUCAAACACCUGAUGGUGCUAUCAGUGAUACAGUACCAUUCAUGACUGGUUUUAUUCCUGCUGAUCCAAAUUGGGGUACAGCUUAUAUAACCAUUACUUGGUGUUUAUAUGAACACACAGGUGAUGUCACUAUUAUUGAGAAGUAUUAUACAGGUAUACAAGCAUGGAUCAAUUUGUUAGUUGAUGAAUAUACAAAGACUGGAUUAGCAAAUAUGUAUUAUCAUUUUGGUGAUUGGGUACCAGUACAAAAAAUUAGUAACAAUUCGUUAGUAUCUUCUUAUGCUUUUCUACGUGAUGUUUAUACAUUCGUCAAUAUGAGUGAAUUAUUGCAUCGUACUGAUAAUGUUCAAAAAUAUUCACAAUUUUAUCAACAGUUAGCUGAAGAAUGGCAUCGUGUUUUCUACAACUUAACUGUAAAUGGUUAUACAGAUGGAAGUCAAUCAGCAAAUAUACUAUCAUUAACUUUACCUACUGUUGUACCAAAUCAUCUUCGUACUACUGUACUCAAUUCAUUGAUCAAUAGUCUCGUUAAUACUGGUUAUUUUACUGGUGGUAUUAUUAGUGUAGCAGCUUUGUAUCCACUUCUUUCGAAUGAAGGAUAUCAUGAUCUUGCUUUAAAACUUGCUCUAUCAACAUCCUAUCCAUCCUAUGGUUAUAUGUUUAAUAAUCAAAUUCAAAAUGCUACAACUACAUGGGAACAAUGGAAUAGUUUGCCAACAGGAGCACGAUCAUCGUUAAAUCAUCAUAUGUUUAAUAGUAUUGGUGCAUGGUUUUAUCGAUAUUUAGCAGGAAUCGAAUUGAAUGCACUAAACAUGAUCACUAUUCAUCCACGUAUAUCGUAUGAUAUUGAUCUCUUAAAUUACAUCGAGGCAGAAGUCAUUACUAUCAAGGGAGCUGUUCGAGUGAAAUGGACACGAAUGUCGAUUGACUCGAUGGAGCUAAUAGUCACUGUACCAAAUAAUUUGGAUGCAAAUAUUCUAUUUGAUCCAUUGAUUAAAAAUGGGCAAUGUCUUAAACUAAUAUGUGAUGGUAAAGAUAUUUUAAUGAGAAAAAAUAGAAAUGAUAAACUAUAUUGGAUCAAAGAUGAUGUACACGGAAUAAACGACUUUUCUGAAAAUUAUGCAACGGGCACCAUAUCAAUCAGAAUAGCGUCUAGUCAAUAUACAUUCAUGACAUAUUGGCAUUAA